CAUUUCCGAGUCAGCGAGCAGAAGGGAUUUUUUCUGUCGUUCGUCGAGGAUGUUACGUCCUAUGGCAAUAACUUUCGUAAGCAUUCCCCUGGAAAUCCUCCUGGUAUUCGUUUUUAAAUCGACCGAAUGCUACGGAAAUUAUCAUUCAGUCACCUUAUCGACUGAAUCCACGGAUCAGUAUCGAUAUUACAACGUUGGCGUCCUUAUGGCGUCGCAUCUGGAUUCGCCAUUCGAUCUGGAACGAUGCGGACCAGCAGUGGACCUUGCCCUUGAAGAAAUCAACGACCGUUUUCUUGCACAUCACAGGAUCAAAUUACGUAAAGUUCAAGCAAGUUAUCCUUCUUGUAGUGGUGCUAGAGCACCAGGUUUAGCGGCUGAUAUGCAUUUUCGAGACGAUGUCAUCGCGUUUAUAGGACCGGCUUGUAUGUUUGCUUUGGAACCAGUGGCAAGAUUAGCUGAUUAUUGGAAUACGCCGAUUAUAACAGGAAUGGGAGAUCAGACCCUCUUCGUUGAUCGAGGAACCAUUUGUUGGUUUAUUGCCUCUAUCCUUUGUAGAAUAAGAGGGUCGGUGAUUUUACGAGAAGAGUUAUAUUACCGCGACCCAAACAGCUUCUUUUAG